AUGUCAACAUCAGAGAACACAACAACUGCUAUCGUUCAUGAAGCCAUAAAUGAAGAAUAUGAAUACAUACAAUAUAACAAACAACUUCGCCUCAUUCGUUCGGUCAAAGAUGACAUGUACCAAAUGCAAAGUAUAAUGAAUGCUCUUCGUUCUACAAAGCAAGCAUAUCAUUGGUUUGAAAACCAACAGACAAAAGAACUUUUAGAAGAAUUUCCUCAUAUGAUUGCUUCCCUCGGAAAACCGAGAGAAGAGAUUCCAUUCGAAAAUCGCAAGAAUUUGGCACCUG